UAUUGGUGCGCGCUCGUGUGUGACGCAUUCAGCUCGCAGCCAUGAUACUCGGACUGCACUGAAAACAUGGUGUCGUACAGGGAUUGUCAUUCCUAUGCGUUGUUUAAUAUCGUUCUUCUUUUCUUAACCUCUCAUUUGACGCGAGGACAGGACAAUGCUGACUGUCCAGCAGAUGGGCGCACAUGGCUGCCAUUUGGCGUGAACUGUUUUCACUUCGUGCAUGGAGCAGAAGACGUGGCCAAAACCUAUUCUUUUGACGACGCGAAACUCAUGUGCGAAGGAUAUGAUCUCUUGACAGUUAAAAGUGCUAAGGAGAAUGACUUCAUCGUCCAUUACAGCCCUAAUGUGUGGAAGGGCAAUGUAAAUAUUUGGCGGAUGCACUAUGACAGCGAUGAUGAUGUGUUCAGGUGGAAUGACGAUGACAGUGUUUUGCUGUAUAAAAACUGGGAAGCUGGAGGUUCAGAUGACACUGAUCUUCCUCUCAUGGACACAUGUGUUGCUCUUCACUCCAGCACGGGACAAUGGGAAAAUAUCAGCUGUUCAGAUGAGCCAGAGAAUGGCGUCGUGUGUCAGACGAAGGCCAUCUGGACAAGCGCACCAAAGAGUAGUCCUCUCCUCUCAGCUCUGGUCAUCAUCAGUGUGGCUUUAAUUCUCGUGGUCUCUGCCGUGGUUUGGUUUCUACAGCAGAGGCACAACCUGGGUUCAUCAAUCCUCACCCUCACCGAGUAUCACCACCCCUUCGGAUCUCCGUCCGCUGAUCAGACGUGCUUAGUAGAAGCUGAAGAAAUCGAAGAUAUCCCUUAAGAGCUCAAAUCUCUGUUUUAAUAGCCAUGGCCAGGUUAGAAGACACAGCAGGACUGUAUGUAAGAUUAUGAUCUUUUAUGACCUUCACUGGGAGCUCCUCAGCUAUGUCCGUCAAAGAAAAAAACUCAGAGGCACACCACCUGUUUUGGGUGUAUUGGAGUAGGGCGUGUUCUCAUGCAGUAAAGCCAAAAGUGUUAGGUUUUCUUUACCCAGGAAAAUUAAAGGAAUAGUUCACCCAAAACUGAUAACUCUUUCAUUAUUAAAUUUACGUCAUAACAAAACUGUAUGACUUGAACGUUGCUAAUUCAUUGCACUCAUUGACCUCUCUUAAAUGGCAACAAAACCACAAAGAGACAUUUUUCAAAAUAUAAACAGACUUGUAUAUUGUUUUAGAUGACAUGGACUACAGUUGAAAGACAGAUUUUCUUUGGGGGGUAGAGCUUUCCCUUUAGAUUCAUUGAUCUUUAUAGUAUUUCCCUCAAAGCUCACUGUGUUGUUGUUACUUGGCUUUAUUUAAAAUGGUUAUUUCUGUAAGAUUAUUUUGAUGGAUCAGGAGUGAAUCGAAGGCCCCUUUAAAAUGCUAUCAGUCAUAGAAAACCUUCUAUUCAGUUUUUUUUGCUCAAUGGCAAGACUACACUAGACAAAACCUGUCAAAUCACCAGAUAACACUGCAGGAAUAAGUCCCUAUUUAAGAAUAGAUUAUUAAAAAUAAUAAGGCUGCCAUUAUUUUGUCAUUCUAAUGUCAUUUUAAACAUACACACUGUUGUAUUAUUAUGGCAGUUUACUAAGAACUAGUACAUUUUCCAUACAACAAUAAUAUAGAAAGGCCACAUCUGUCAAGCACCUACAAGGAUGAGGUACAUUAUUACAGCCAAUAAUAUUUCUCUUCUGCUGCAGAACUAACGGAGCCUCGUGUUUAUGUUGUGAAAUUAAAAUGGGAGGUUUGUUCACUGUCGAUUUAUCUUGUUCAGUCAAAUCAUGUUCUGUCUGUCUCAAUAGUUUUCUUAGCAGAAAAUAUAACAAAAUAAAAAUGAUAUCUGUUUGCACUUCAUAAUGAACGCUGAGCGUGUUGUUGAAAGUUUGGAUCUGCCACCAAUAGUGUUCUGUAUCUAUCAAUGAAAUUCUGUAAACAUUAAAUAAAUCUUUAUUUUUGCAUAUAUGAA